AUGAGGACAUCGCCAGGCUUUAGUUUUAGAGACUGGACGAGAAAAAACAAACGUUUGCUGUUCUUUGUGGUUGUGAUAUCAAUGGUGGUGUACCUCUAUUGCUACCACAAUCUUACAGACCGCAUUGAUGAAAAUUUACUCCCCCCGCAUCCCAUUAAAAAAGAAGACAACGCUGAUGUCAAAUAUUCACAGGCUGGACAGGACGAGAUGGUGUAUAAUAUGCUUCCUAAAGAAAACGGAUUUUACAUAGAAAUGGGAGCGUUCGAUGGGAAACAUUUGUCAAAUACUCUAUGGCUGGAGCGCCAACACGGUUGGCUGGGUCUGCUUAUAGAGGCGAACCCCGACCUCUGUCGUCAAAUUGACAGUCACAUGCGACAUGCAUGGAGACUGUGUGGUUGUAUCUCACGUAACCAGAAACAUGUAGACUUUGUAAAAGACGAUGUAUUUGGAGCAAUGAAGGAUCUAGAGAAGCACGAAAGUCUGCUAAACAAUCCAGAGGUUGUAAAAGUAAAGUGUUACCAGUUGAGAGCUGUGCUUGAUAAGAUAGGCAUACACCACGUAGAUUACUUCUCACUCGAUGUAGAAGGAGCAGAGCUCUUGGUAUUGGAGUCCAUCAAAGGUGAUUUAAUUUCGGGGAAACUCAGAGUGGAUGUUUGGACAAUAGAAUACUUAAUUAAAAGCAGAAAUUAUGUUGAUUCCGUCAAAACAGCGGAGAAGCUCAAACAUUUAAAACAGUUUUUUGAGGAAGUGGGAGGAUUUUUUCUACACUCUACAAUCAAACAUCCUGUUGUGGGAGAAAUGGAUGCUGUGUUCGUAAACAUUAAAACAUGGUGUAAACUUCACAGUAAACUUCCAAAUGGACAAAGCUGUAAAAGAAAUCAUUGAUGUACACUGGAUAUAAACCAUUGGGUUAGGUUUGAGGAGAGGGGCAGGGAUAAAUGACAUACCCCAUUUAUCCUUCAUAAAAAACAUCUUUGACACAAAAAGCAAACCCAGAGCUAAAUGCACAUUUGCUUCUAUAAUUUAUUUUGUUCAUAUUACAUAAUUAAAAUUCAGUUUGGUGGAUCA